GGGGUCAGCUACGCGGCGCCCUGGUGGGUGAGCCUCUUGCACCGGCUGCCCCACUUCGACCUGCGGUGGGAGGCCACCAGCAGCCAGUUCCGGCCCGCGGACGCCGACUAUCAGCAGGCGCUGCUGCUGCUGGGGGCCACGGCCCUGGCCUGCUUGGCGCUGGACCUCCUCUUCCUGCUCUUCUACUCCUUCUGGCUGUGCUGCCGGCGGCGCAAGAGCGACGAGCACCUGGAUGCCGACUGCUGCUGCACGGCCUGGUGCGUCAUCAUCGCCACGCUGGUCUGCAGUGCGGGCAUCGCAGUGGGAUUCUACGGCAACGGGGAGACCAGCGAUGGUGUCCAUCGGGCCACCUACUCGCUCCGUCACGCCAACCGCACAGUGAUGGGGGUCCAGGACCGCGUGUGGGACACGGCAGCGGCCCUGAACCGCACGGCAGAGCCCAGCCUGCAGAGCCUGGAGCGGCAGCUGGCCGGGAAGCCAGAGCCCCUGCGGGCUGUCCAGCGGCUACAGGGCCUGCUGGAGACACUGCUGGGCUACACUGCCACCAUCCCCUUUUGGAGGAACCCAGGCGUGUCUCUGGAGGUGCUGGCUGAGCAGGUGGAUCUCUACGACUGGUACAGGUGGCUGGGCUACCUGGGCCUGCUGCUGCUCGAUGUCAUCAUCUGCCUCCUCGUGUUGGUGGGCCUCAUUCGCAGCUCCAAGGGCAUCCUGGUUGGGGUCUGCCUGUUGGGGGUACUGGCCCUGGUCAUCAGCUGGGGUGCGCUGGGCUUGGAGCUGGCCGUGUCUGUGGGCUCCAGUGACUUCUGUGUAGACCCUGACACCUACGUGACCAAGAUGGUGGAGGAGUACUCAGUGCUGAGUGGGGACAUCCUGCAGUACUACCUGGCCUGCUCACCCCGUGCCACCAACCCUUUCCAGCAGAAGCUGUCAGGCAGCCACAAGGCACUGGUGGAGAUGCAAGAUGUUGUGUCUGAGCUUCUGAGAAAUGUCCCACGGGAGCACCCGGCCACCAAGGACCCCCUGCUCCGCAUCCAGGAGGUGCUAAAUGGCACAGAGGUGAACCUGCAGCACCUCACUGCCCUGGUGGACUGCCGCAGCCUGCAUCUGGACUAUGUGCAGGCGCUGACGGGCUUCUGCUAUGACGGCGUCGAGGGCCUCAUCUACCUGGCCCUCUUCUCGUUCGUCACGGCCCUCAUGUUCAGCUCCAUCGUCUGCAGCGUGCCACACACCUGGCAGCAGAAGAGAGGUCCCGAUGAGGAUGGGGAGGAGGAGGCCGCCCCAGGGCCACGGCAAGCACAUGACAGCCUCUACCGCGUGCACAUGCCCAGUUUGUACAGCUGUGGCAGCAGCUAUGGCAGUGAGACCAGCAUCCCGGCUGCGGCCCACACCGUCAGCAACGCCCCGGUCACUGAGUACAUGAGCCAGAAUGCCAAUUUCCAGAACCCCCGUUGUGAGAACACCCCCCUCAUUGGGCGCGAGUCCCCACCGCCCUCACGCUAUCUGGCUGCCCUGGACUCUGGCAGCCACGCGGGCUGGCAGUUUAAGCCCAUGGACAGUGCCCGAACGCUGUGGUAGCUGUGCCCUCUGAGUGACAGUACACCUCCAGCAUGAGAGCCAAAUACCUCGCCACGAGCCAGCCUCGCCCUGACUCCAGCGGCAGCGGGCACUAGACUGCGCACCGGUCAGCCACCUGCCCCACGUGCCAAUCGCCCCACCCCUCCUGUGCCAGCACUGCUACUUCCACCUGUGGCCGCCUGCCGGACCCUCCGCAUGCCACUCCAGGCCAGCCUGGGCACAUCUGUAGGCCCCUCAUCCCUCCUCUCCCUUCCCCACAGGGGGCACAGAGGUGCCCGGCAUGAGCUCGGGGCAGGUUGAGACACAGGGCUAUGGGCCGAUGCCCCCGACUUGGGACACGUAUCUGGACAGAUGCCGCCACCAACACCUGGCCCUGCCUGGCCACCCACUCCCCUAUCCUUCUGCCUUCUUGGAUUCACUGAGCCCAGGUGCUUCUGUCCCAAUGUGCUCCAUCUGCAGGUGGCUCUCCAGACUGUCUGCUGCCCUGUCCCUCGAGCGCUGGCCUCCCCAGCCCCUCCUCCCUCCGCAGCUCUGAGCUUGUUGUGGGGCCUCCCUUGCUUCUGCCCUCGCUUCUGUGGAUCAAUUCUUAGUUCACAGGCACAACAGGAGCCCUCUGUGCCUGGCAUCUCUGCCACUGAGGGACAGGUGACCUUCGCAGGUGGGCCCUCCCAUGGCCUUCCACCACGUCUGUGGCACCUGCCUUCUCUCAUCCACGCAGCUCACCUGACCAUAUCCUCCCCUCUGCUGGUGGCCAGAGCCUCCAGGGAGGCCCUUCCUCUGCCUCCCGCCCAGCAUUGCUUUCUCCCCCAGCACCCACCCAGCUCUCCACGGACAGCAGGUGCCAUGCAGAGCCUGGGUCGCUGGCCUCCAGUGCUGGCCACCCUCUUGGUGCCAAACCCCCUCCCCCAUCCCAAAGACUUGGCAGCUCCAUCCGGUUUGGGUUUUGCACUAACCACGUUUAUCAUCUCCAGGGCAGGCUGAGUGGGCGCUGCCCCGUUCCCUCUCCUGGUUCCACUUCCAUCCAGGACAGCACAGUGUCUCCGGGGCCCAGCCCCGGGGGCUGGACCUUAGCUGGCUGUGAACAUGCCCACAGUCCCUGCUGCCCCUCCUGGGACUAACCACUAACCUCACUCCCAGCCUCUUGGAUGCCCUGGCUGCCCAGAGCCAGUGUGCGUGACCCAAGUCAAGCCUGGGGCCAAGGGCCAGGACAGCUGGCUGGGAGCCAGGGCUGGAGGAGCUGUUUUCUCCCCUGGGUGCUGCUGGGGAUGUGCCGCAGAAUGACAGCAGCCCCAAGGGCCUGGAGACCCCUCCCUGGGCAGGAGGAUGGCUCUCGGGAUCAAAUACCCCAUGGACUUCGGGCUGAGGUCCCAGUGGCCUCAGUCUCCCUACCUGUGAAGUGGGAACAAGGCUUCCCUGAGGUGCUUUUGGCUUUUAGUGUAUGAUGUUUGCUGUGCUUCCUGCGUGGGGUGGGGGUGGAGCCUCCCCAGAUCAGGACGAGGAGGCUCUGCCCUGCUCGGCCCAGCCCACCCCAGAUGGCAUGGUCCAGUGCAGGCUCUGACCUGUGUGCCAAGGCCAAGGGCAGCCAGGAGGCUGCCGGACAGUGUGUGCAGGGGCUGAGGUUGGAGGCCCUGCAGUGGAGGUGGUUUACAGACCUAUGGUUCUCGGGGAGUGGAGCUCAGGGCAGCUUCUGGCUCCAGAAUGUCCUCACCCCUCUCUGGGCGAGGCCCCCCCACCCUGCCCUUCCUUCCCGAUCCGUUUUUGUGCUGGUGUCUGGGACCAAAAGUGGAGAGGGGCCGGGGAGUCAGUGGGCCUAUGGCCCCAAGCCUGGGCAUCUGAGCCCCCCAGGCAUGACCAAACCUCAAUGGAGGGGACUCUGUCUCUGGCCCCAGUUGGCCGCACUGGGAUCCGGUGGGGCCACCAAGGUGUGGCCACAGCCAACUUGCCCAGUCUUUCCUCUGGGCCUGACCUGCCGGGUUGCGUCCUGGCCACAGGUCCACAGGGAGGUGCUGCACCCCUUGCCUGGGUGCCACUGUGUGUUCUGGGGCCACUUGGAAGCACAAAUGCUGCCCCAAGGUGAAUGCGUAGCAUGAGCGGUGGGCGCUGCCCGGACGUGGCUGUGAACCUGUGCUGUCUUGGGAGUCCUGACCGUUGUGUGCGUGUGCUGUCCGUGACUCACUCACCAAGGCUGAAGAAGGGAAGGGGAAGUCGACAGGGGCUCCCGCCCGGCCUCAGCUGAGGGAGGCCGGGCUCCUCUCUCGGUUUUAUUUUGUUCUGAGUUUUUGGUGCCACGUUCCUGACAACCCCCAUCCCAGCGACUUCCACACCACCCGGGGUACCAGGCCAGGACCUGCUGCCUGGCCGGCUGCUAUACCCACCCUGCCCCAGGGUCCUGCACCCUGUGGAGGCAGCAAGGCCACCAGCCAGGCCCCAGGUCUCUGGCCAGAGGAGCAGGAGGGAUUUAGCUGGGACAAGAGACAUGCCCAUGGGACCCCUCGCAGGCCUCUCUGCCCUCCCCAUGGCCAGGCAGGGUCUGGGUAGUGGACUCCUGGUUAGGAGCAGGCCCUGCCCCUCUCCCCUGGCGCCCCCUGCCCCCAUCGCACUAUGCAAUUCCAGUUCCAAGCACCAUCGCCCUCCCCGCCGGUCCCAGCUCUGCCCAGCCCAAGGGGGUGGUCAGUUGGUAGCCUCUGGGCCCCAGGUGACCAGGGCCUUUAGUGUGGGAUCUUUUUUUAUGUUUAACCAUAAUGGUUGUAUACCAUAUCCCUUUAUAUUUGUUAUACUAUAAAUAUAUAUAUGAUUUUGUUUUACCUCUUGAUUUCUCCCUCCUGCCCACCUGCAUCUCCCCCGCCCCCGCCCAUGUGAACUAACGUCCGCGCUGACCAGCCCUGCGCUCCCCCAGCCUCUGUAGGGCCAUGGCUGUGUGUAUUGUCGCUGUGUUUUCGUUUUUUAAAACUGGGUUUGGGGUUUGAUUUUUAUUUCUUUGGGGACUUUAUUUUUCUGGCAAAUACUAAAAAUCUUGUCGAUGUAAUUUCUGUGGUUUCUAUUCAGCUUGGGUUUCAUGUUUUAAAAUAAACAAAUUUUAAAAGA